CUCUCUCUCUCUCUCUCUCUCAUGUUUAUUCCGUUUGGCCAUCUUAAAAAUACCAUUUGGUAGCCUAGACGUAGCAUCAACCGCUGGUGCUAGUCUCUCCAAACCUUCUCUAACGGAACAUACUCCUCUCCUCUAUAUAUCACCUCAAAUCUCCUUCCUUUUACUCCUUGCCUUCUGUACACCAUCUUCUUGGUGUACAUCCUCAGAACCCAUCCAAUCAAAAUCAUUUACUUCUCUCCAAUCAUUUCCUUUAUUGGGUAUCUCUUCAAUUUCCAUUUUCUUUAAAAUUCAAACCAUUUUUUGUAGAGGAAAAGGAGAAGUGAUUAUCAGAUUAGGGGUUUUUUUUUUUUUUUCCUUCUUAGUUUCUUCCUUCCUUGAGAUCAGAUGUGUACCAGAGGUCACUGGAGGCCCGCCGAAGACGAGAAGCUCAAAGAGCUAGUUGAGCGGUACGGUCCACACAACUGGAACGCGAUCGCAGAAAAGCUUCAAGGAAGAUCAGGAAAAAGCUGUAGGUUAAGAUGGUUUAAUCAGUUGGAUCCAAGAAUCAAUCGAAGCCCGUUUACGGAAGAGGAAGAGGAGAGGCUUCUCGCUUCUCAUCGUGUCCAUGGAAAUAGGUGGGCCGCCAUCGCACGUCUAUUUCCUGGCCGAACCGAUAAUGCAGUGAAGAACCACUGGCAUGUGAUCAUGGCGCGGAGGUGUAGAGAGAGAGCUCGAUUUUUUGCGAAGAAGGCGGCCCAGAGCUUGAACAAGGAUGGGAAGAUGGAAAUAGAUCAAGGUGCACACACAAGCUCUGAAUCAAGUAGUCUUUCAUCGUUGGUGGAGAAGUACUAUAGAAGAAUCGAAGAUCCGAUCUUACAUAGUCAUCACCACGGUCUAAAACAGUUCUACCCUGAGAUGAAUGGCCAUUGUCAAACUGUAUUUCAAGGUAGUGAAAAUACAAUCGAAUUCUAUGAUUUUCUCCGAGUGACUCCGGAUUCCAAGGGUCAGGAUUGGAGGGAUCAUUCAAGAAGAGAUGACAAAGAGAUAGAAGAAGAUCAGGAGCAUCGAAACAAGGUUGGCGUUCCCUUCAUAGAUUUCUUGGCCGUCGGAAACUCUACCUAACGACUAUAAUUAUCGUCGAUUAACAAAAGUUGAGAAAUAGAUUUAUACAUAAAAUGCAUAUAAACCCUAACUUGUUUAGGUCCCAUUAUGGGUGUAAUUGCUCCAAGAAAUUAGAGAAAGAGUUAGAGGUGGGUCACUCUAUAGGACCCACAUGCAAAGAUUAUCGGGUGAUUGGAACCGUCCAUUGUGGAUAGGCCACGGCCCAAUGAUCACACUGAAAUGAUGAUGCCAACAUUGGUUGUGGAGUUGAACGCGAACCACAAGAUACUUUCACUUAACCAUACAAUCGAUGGUCAGGAUCAUCUGUUCGGCAUGGAGUUUUGGAUAGCGGCCCAUCUAAUGUAACGACUAGACGGACGGUUACGAUCAUUUGACCAUGUCUGGAUGUGGGUCCCAUGGAGUGACCAUGCUGGACAAGCAAACUGAUGUAAGAUAUUAAUGUUGGACAAUCACAUGUAUGUGUAUAGAAACUCAAGCAUCUAUGUUGAUGCCAUUUAGGGCAGAUUUUCAUGAAACAGGUGAAAUCUCCAUGAAAAAAACAUGUACUUAUUCAGUUAUACUUCGCA